CUGGCACUCCAGAGCACUGGCACGCACUAUGGCAAAUGAAGUGCAAAUCCUGCCUUCCCCGCUGAAAGGAGGGCAUCCUCCCGCAGUUAAAGCUGGAGGAAUGCGAAUUUCAAAAAAACAAGAAAUUGGAAUCUUGGAGAGACAUACCAAAAAACACGGAUUAGAGAAAACCAGUGUCAUUGCAAAUGUUGCCAAAAUACAGACAAUGGAUACCCUGAAUGACGCAUUGGAGAAGCUCAGCCAUAAAUUCCCAGCAACAGUGCACAUGGCACAUCAAAAACCCAGACCUGCCCUGGAGAAGGUCGCUCCACUUAAAAGGAUCUACAUUAUUCAGCAGCCUCGAAAAUGUUAAGCCAGGACAUAAAACACAGCCGCCUGGCCAACUGCCUCAAACGUCUGACAGCUUAGCAGAAAGAACCAAAAUUUCCACAGGCCUUAGUGCACUCACUUGGUAAUUAAAACAGCUUUUGUAUCAUCUCUAUUGACUGUAGAUAAUAAAGCAUCCAUAAUU